UGCAUCCUCACUAACUGUAACAUUGGCACAAGUUAUAUCACAAAACAAAUGAGAAGAACGGAGACAGAUCCCGACUGUCUACAGAGUUGAUCAUUUUCUUUAAUCAAGAAGAUUUUUUUUCACUAUUUGGCGAAUUUUGAACUUCUACAACCGAGAUACAUAUUUUAAGAGUGAGCACAGACACCAGAUACCUUUAACCGCUUACUGACAGUCCACUUUGAAGGGACUAUGAUGGACUGCAACAUACUACAUGCUACAACUCAUUAAAAACGCAACAAAUCAACAACAUAUUAACACCUGCCGUGCUUCUUCUUCUUCUUCUUCCUCUGUACAGACGAACAAUGAGGACAAUGACUGCUGCCCUAUGCGCAAUAGCCACAUUGUUGGGACUCCAGCUGUGUGCUUCAUACCCUGAAAGCAUCGUCGACCGCUCGUCCGAAAACCUCACAUCUGUACCAAGUGACCUGCCGCAGACAGUGGAGUUGUUAGACCUUUCAUGCAACCACAUACACCGACUUCACCAUGGAGACUUCAAAAAUACCACUCUCCUGAGAUUCCUCAACAUGUCAUGGAAUAGUCUGGAGGAGAUCGAUCCUGAGACGUUCCUUGACACACCACUCCUAGAGAAUCUAGACCUGUCACACAACAGACUGAGGAACCUGUCAUGUCAGCGGUACCUGCUCCACACAGAAAAUCUUCUGGUAUUGAAUUUGGCUUACAACGAGUUUUUCACAAUGGCAUUAGGAAAUGAGUUCAGUUCCCUGGUAAAACUGGAGAGGUUAGCAUUUGUAGCAAACAACAUCUGUAUGGGUGAUUUCAAGAAUAUUGCUAAAGUGAAACUACGUUCACUGACCCUUUAUCUGGAAACUGAACUUGUUUAUGAAGCAGGGAGUCUGAAAGAUGUUAAUGCUCAAAGGCUUCAGAUAGCCUUCACUAGCAAUCAAAUAAUGGACCACAGUCUGUUUGCUGAUGGUCUGUCACACUUUGUUGAAGUGGAGUUGCUAAAUUUGACAGGAGGCUACAAUUACCUAAGUAAGCAGUUGGGUGAGACAACAGAAAUCCACACAUCUCAUCUUUAUCUCACCAACAUAUCAAUUGACUGGCCCGACUUAACUCACUUUGUAAAUGUGGUUCUGUGUACAUCUAUAGCCCAUUUGACUGCCACUGAUGUGGCCAUGUACAAAUUGCCUAGACAAGACACUCCUGUGGUUAGAACAUGUAAAAUGAAGUCCUUCACAGCCAAGAGGGCGGUGGUGAAGUCUUUCUUUUUUUCACAGGAGGCUGUAUACAAUUUUUUUAUCAACAUGCCAGUGGAGAGUUUAGCAAUCACUGAGACUGCAAUCAUACACAUGACAUGCCCAAAGUGGCAUAAUCCCAUCCUCCAGCUGGACUUUUCCUUUUGUGCUCUAUCAGACUCCAUCUUCUCCAGAGUGGAUGGUCAAAAAAUUCUUGAUUGUGAGAACCUGGAUAACAUCACGAAAAUGACCCUGGUAGGAAACAAUCUUCAGAGCCUUCAGUUACUGAGCAAACGCAUGCAAUACAUGAAGUCCCUGCAACAUCUGGACCUGGGCCUCAACUCUCUGGUUUAUGAUGGCGUGGAAGAAUGUGUCUGGCCACCAAGCAUCACCAAUAUGACUCUGUCUUCUAAUGGUCUGACAGACUCUGUUUUUAAAUGUCUGCCAGAAGGAACACAAACACUGGACCUCCAGAAUAACCAAAUUUCCGUGGUACCAUCAUCCAUCUUGAAUCUGAAAAACCUUUUAUCUCUGAAUCUAAAUGCAAACAGGCUGCGGGACCUGCCAGCAUGUAAUGAUUUCCCCUUACUGAAUGAGCUUCUGCUCAGGUCAAAUUCCCUCAACGCGCCAGUUGUGAACAAGCUGGAAAGUUGCCCCAAUCUGAAAACCCUGGAUGUCAGUUAUAACCCCUUCACUUGUACCUGUCCUCUGAGGAGUUUCCUAAGUCUUGCCAUUGAUUCCGAAAAGAGGACCAGUCACACAGGAAUUGAAUUCUUGAGUUGGCCAUUGGGCUAUUAUUGCACUUACCCAGAGGCUCUGAGAACCUCUACCUUGAACAACAUCUGGAUCCCAGAGGUCUCCUGUAAUGGUGGCCUUCUAGCUGUCACUAUCUUGUGCCCAACAGUGACAUUGACAAUUGUAAUUAUGACACUGUGCCAUCAUUGGGAUGUACUCUGGUAUAUCAAGAUGAUCUGGCAGUGGACCAGAGCCAAGCAUCGUGCCAGAAGGCGACAAGUUCGGCCAGAAGAUCUGGUGGGUGUUGAGUUUCACGCUUUUGUGUCUUAUAGCCAGCAUGAUGCAGACUGGGUGCACAAUUUCCUUCUCACCAACCUCGAAGGCCCCGCAGGUGGGCUCCAAAUUUGCCAUCAUGAGAAAGACUUUGUGCCAGGAAAGGCAAUUAUUGAGAACAUCAUGACCUGCGUGGAGAAAAGCCGACGCUGUGUGUUUGUGCUCUCUGCUCACUUUGUAAAGAGCGAGUGGUGCCAUUAUGAACUUUACUUUGCCAGUCAUCAACGCCUGGCUCGGGGAUCAGACAGCGUUGUGCUGGUACUGCUUGAGCCUCUGCCUCAGUACCUGAUCCCAUCAAAGUACUACCAACUGAAAUCCAUGAUGGGCCGACAUACAUACUUGGAGUGGCCUCGGGACAAGGCCAAGCAGAGGCUGUUCUGGGCUAACCUCAGGGCUGCCCUACAGACAGACCUUCCAAAUGCACCAGUCACACAAACAGAGGAGUGACUGAGGAAACCAACCAAAGAGGAAAAUAAAGUGUGAUUGAGACAAAAAGAGAAGGGGAAGUGUGCAAAGUGUGCAAAUUUUCUUUCUUUAACACAUGACCAUACUUUUCUAGA